CUGAGGUAGCUGAAGGCUGAAAGUCAUAUAUUAAGAAGUGAUAAAAGUCAUAAUAUAUAAAAGUUUGUGAAUUUUAUUAUAAUUCAUUUGUCACAUUGUCGUUAUCAUGGAGAAGUGGAUAAAAGAGAAAUUAGCUGACUUACUAGAUUUUGAUAUUCAAGAUGAUUUUGUCCAGUAUAUUAUACAAAUAGAAAAUGAAAGAGAUUUAGAUAACUACUUUGUAACCUUAUUGGACAAUAAAAAUCCAAAACACAAACAAUUUGUAACAGAUUUGAAGAAACAACGUGCAUUUUAUACUAAUCAAACAGGUUAUAAGAAAAUAAAUAAUAGUGACAAUAUACCCAACAAACAGAAUGAAAAGAAGAAGGGAAAAGCAAAAGGAAAAGAAAAUGUUCAGAUGCAAGAGGCUGCAAAAUUUGAAACAAAACCUGAGAAAAUGGAAAAAAAGAAGACUAAAUAUGUUAAUUUAUUAUCUCAUGGAGAUGUUCUCUUGAAAGGGAGACAUAAAUGUAAUUGUGAAGCAAAGAGACAUGUAUUAAUUAACAAUUGUCUCAAUUGUGGAAGAAUAAUCUGUGCACAAGAAGGUGCAGGACCAUGCUUUUUUUGUGGAGAACUUGUUUGUUCACCAGAUCAACAAGUAAUUCUUCAGAGUAAGACUAAACAAGCUGAUAAUUUGUACAAUAAAUUAAUGGAACGAAAGCCAAGUAAAAGCUUUGAAGAUUCCCUCAAACAGAGGGACAAACUUCUUGAAUAUGACCGCAACAGCGCUCGCCGUACUAAAGUGAUUGAUGACGAAUCAGAUUAUUAUCAGUCAAAUAGUAUUUGGCUUUCUGAUGAGGAACGCAGAAAGUUACGGAAACAAGAAUCGGAAGCACUUGCUCGUAAGCACGCAUCGCGUUUAGAUAAAAGAGUGACUAUAGAUUUUAUGGGAAGAAUAGUUGAUGAUGAUCAAUUCAAUAAUUUACAAUCAGAAGAGCUUGGUGAAACAAUGUCAUGUGACAACUUUGAAAAUCCGAAUAUUUGUCCAAUGAUAGAAUUUGAUCGUCCAACGUUUAUUGAUAUGAGAAUAUCUGAAACAAAUAAAAGGAUGGGAAAUGAUACAUGGAACACAGAAAGUAGAAUUCAAGAUAAAGAAUAUUUGGAAAUGUCUGAUCAAGGUUUAUGUUUGAGCAUGUAUCAACCUUAUGCUUCAUUGCUAGUGGCAGGAAUAAAAAUCCACGAGGGUAGAAAUUGGUAUUCUUCGCACAGAGGAAGAUUAUGGAUAGCAUCAGCUGCUAAAGUACCUUCUACCGAAGAAAUAUCUAAUAUACAGCAUACCUACAAUAUAUUAAAAAAUAAAACAUUUAAGUUCCCUGAGACUUACCCCACGGGUUGCUUGUUGGGCUGCGUAACAGUAACUGAUGUUCUACCUCAAGAAGAAUAUAGAAAACUAUAUCCAGAAGGAGAAAGUGAUAGUCCAUAUGUUUUUAUAUGUGAAAAUUCUUACAUGUUACCAAUACAUUUUCCUAUGAAAGGAAAACAUAAAAUUUAUAAAAUGGACAAAAAAAUUCAUCAAGCUGCUUCUAAAUGUUUAGAAAAAGCCAUGCGAGUGGCCAAACAAUAAUUGAUAUUCUUAUUCUAGUUUCUCUUUUAUCACUUCUCUUCUGUUAAAUUAAAUAGAACAAAAAUGUUUUCCAGAUGUAUAUGUUUAUUCAUAUUAAUAAUUUAAAAAUGUUACAUGCAUUCUAUAUUAAAAAUAAUCAUCUGUGUUUUGUACAAAAGUGUGAUUUUUCUGAUGUAAUAUAUCAGCAUCUAAUAAAAAUUUUAUCUAAAUAUAAUAUGCAUACUCUAUAUUAAAUUUGUUAUUUGUAUACAACAGAUCAUUAUACAAUUUACAUAAACUCGACAAAAUGUUACAAUGUAACUGUUCAUGCAUGUUUUGUAUUAUCUACCUAUUUUAUUUAUUAUUCUUUCAUAUAUUUUGCCCAUGAAAAAAUAUUACCAAUUUUAUUAUGGUUAUCAGACUUUUAUAAACGGUAUUAAAAAUUAUUUGUAUCGAAAUCGAAUAUAUAUAUAUGUUUGAAAUACAAACACAUUAUCUAAGAAAAGCACGAAGAUCAUAUUAUACUAAAUCUUCAUUUUUAUAUAAAGUGCCAAUUGUGUUAUUUUAUUAAUAUUUCAGUGUUGCCUAUAUAAUUAAGCAAUGUAACUAUAAAUAGUAUAAAUCAUUUUUCUUAUUUUUCUAUUUUUUUGACAUAUUAUAUUAUGUGAAUUAGGCUAAAUCAGUACAGUCACACAAUAAAAAUUUUAUAUAAAUUAAAGUACAGUAGCACAAGCAUUGUUAGAUUCUUUGUUGAGCGAAAUUCCAUUAUCUUUUCUAAAACAUUUUACAUCAAGCUAAUUGGCUAUGUAUAUACGUACAUAAUAUCGUUUUAUGCAACAUUGAUAAACUGUGGAAAGACAGCAUUUUGCACAUAUAUAUCUUACAUAUAAAAGUAUAUCUCCAACAAUAAUACAUAUCUAUAAAACAAACUAAAUAAAGAGUAAAACAUAUACGCUACAAAGAUAUGUUAACAAAAGAUAUGUAGAAUAAGUAGAUCGCAUUUUUUAACAGUUCAAUGAAUAAGGAAUGUAUGAAUAAAUAUUUGUGUGAUAACUGUUUUUUUUU